UCAGAGUACAGUCACACGUUAAAGCAACUAGUCGUUACACACUAUCGUUAAGCAUGUGGAAAUUGUUCGUAGUCGUUUUCGCUGUGAGUGUGACAUGGGUCAAAUCCCAAGAUACAUGUGAGAACCGUUGUAAUGUGAAGUAUAAUUCCGAGUACGCGUGUCAAUGUAACACACAAUGUGACCAGUACGCUAACUGCUGUAACGAUUAUGACCAAUACUGCACAGGAAUGGAGUUGUCAUGUCUAAACCGAUGUUUGGAGAAUUAUGAUUCCAGAAACUUAUGCCACUGUGAUAAUAAUUGCGAUGCCGCCGGCAACUGCUGUGACGAUUAUAUCGAGAUAUGCGGCGAUUCAUAUGGAGAAUUAUCAGAACUAGCUCAAGAACUGUGGAAUCUGGACGUAAAUAGAGCCCCUGCUGGAGAAAUUAUGCUCGACUUACAGGCUUUGAUUACAGACACGUCAGCCGAAGUAGACUUAUCACCAAAACCUUUAUUCUCGUACGUUAAUCCGGAUUUGUUUCUGAUUCCAACAUACGAGCAUUUAUGGAACUUAUUGGAUAACUAUAUUCGGAUGACUGGAACCGCCGAGGAUCUCACAACAAACGAGUUAGAUGAAGUUAACCUAUUCGUUGACGAAGUAUUAUCAUCCAGUGUUAUGAUGCGCGCUCAUGAAUACUUGGCGUCAAAAGGUCUCGUCAGUCCGGAUUACUGGAUUGAAUUCCGAGAAGAUUUAAAAACCAUUUGGCUGGAAUUUUACACACGAUCUAGUGGACCGCUAGACUCUUCCGGUUUUGAACAUGUGUUUGUUGGCGAGGUGAAGAAUGGGGACGUGUCAGGCUUCCACGGAUGGCUAAACUUUUAUAAAGAAGAGCAAGCUGGUCGUCUCAACUAUUAUGGAUAUACUAAUGAGAUAAAGGAGAUUGAUGCUAUUGGAAUGCAGAUGGAAUGGGAUGGAUACAUGAAAUCUUUAUCAUCUAUGUUUGUCGGUACAAGUCCAGAGUUUGAGCUGGCAAUCUUCACUGUCUGCUUUAAGGCGAUGCCAAACAAAGUGUGCACAUUUGACAUGAAUAUGUAUAAAACUGAGAUUCAAACAUGGAAGGAACAAAGCAAAUUUGUUGGAAGUGCUUACGUCAUGGCUUAAACCUCAGCAAUUGUCAUUCCAUCAAUAAUAUGAAUCACAUGUACUUGAAUGAAAUAAAUAUACUGCAGGUAUAA